CAAAGAGAGUCGGCGCCGAUUUCUACCGCCGACCAAAUAAACUAUCAUCACAUCCCUUUAAUCCUCGCUUCCCUUCCCUCUCCCUCUCCUCUCACCGCCUCGCCCACCACCACACAACCCAACCUCCUUUUAACUAUCUUUCGUUUUUUUUUUUCUCUAGAACUUUCCCUUCUUUAAUUGUUUUUAGAGUUUUUUUUUCAACCUUUAUAUUAUACCAAACAAAUACUUUACUUCCCUUUGUAGUUUCCCCAGUGCUCGAUUUUUUCUUUGGGGGUCCUCUUUCUUUCCAUUUUGGCUUAAUCGGGUUAUUCUUCCGUUUUCAAAUUUUUGGCUGAUAAAACGGGGGAUGCCCGAUUUCACCUGUCUUUAGGGUUUUUUUCCCCUUAACUUCUGCCCCGUGAAGCUGGAGAAUCGUUUUUCUUUCCAUUCCUUAAUUUGUAGAGAAUUGGGAUAUAAAAGAUGACAGGAGAGGCGUUUAUUGAGUCGAAUCAGACUCAGUCCGAGGACUAUAUUUCCGAUAACUGCAAUUCUUCAAGUUCCAAAGAUAAGAAGAAGAAGCGGCGAUCCAGACGAACCAAGCAGAAUUCUACUUGUCUAGCUGACAAUUCGAUAUGUACAACACCAGUUAGGGACACACAAUCUUCUGGUGGAAAGAGUACUUCUAGGGAUGUGGGAUCUCAUGAUCAUCAACUAUCACCAUCAUCCGAUGUUGAAUUCGAUUCAUUGCCAAAUAUGCCCACUGAUAGAUUGCAAUGUGAACAUGCAAACCUUGAAAAUCCGCAAAGUAUUGUACCGGGUACCAAUGGAAGAUUAUUUUUCAACUCAUGUCCUGAAAAUAUUGGUCGCUUAGUGUCAGAAGAUUCAAAUUUGGAAGCUGACAUUUCGUCGCACUAUUUGAGCAAGGGUCACGCAAAGAGAAAAUUGUAUACUCCACAUUGGCCUGAAGAAGCAGUCACAAAAGCAUUAGAGAAAGGCAGCGUGUUUAAGGCCUUAUUCCGUGUCAAUGCUUACAAUAAAAAUGAGGCUUAUUGUAAAAUUGAUGGACUGCCAACUGAUGUUCUCAUCUAUGGACUGGUUGCUCAAAACCGAGCUAUUGACGGGGAUUUUGUCGCUAUCAGAGUGGAUCAUCCAUCGCGAUGGUCUAAAAUGAAAGGCUUGAACGGAAUGGUGGAAAGCUCAAUAUCUGUGAAAGAAAGUUUGCGUAAAGAAGCCGCCAAUAUAGUUGAAGAUAGUCUUAAAGGGAAAUGCGAGGUUGCGGGGGGAUUAAACCAUGCAAAUGGGGGAAACAGUCUGGUAGCAUGUAAAAAUGGAUAUUAUGAUGGAGAAAGUGUUGGCCUAGAAUCAGUUGGGUUGUCAGAUAAAUGUUAUUCUAACAGACUCAGUUCUUCUAAAUCAUAUAGUCAUAAAGCAUGUGGUUCUAAUGGAGGGGAUGAAGCUGCUGAUGCGCUAGCAAAUUUAUGUGCCGCAGUGAAUUCAUUUGCAUCAAAACGACCAACUGGUAGUGUUGUAUGCAUUCUUGAAAUGUCUCCUCGGCGGGAUGCAGUUGUUGGAUUUCUUGGUGUUAAGCAAUUUAUUCGCAAUUGGGAGACUAGUAUAAAAGACACGACGAGGAAGAAACAAUCUUCAUCUGCUUUAAAUGAUGAACAUAUAAUGUUAAUGCCAACGGAGCCGAAAUUUCCUAGAAUGAUGGUGCCCUUGAGAAACAUGCCAGAAUUUCUAAAGACUAGGUUAGAGGCAGGUGAUGCAACAGUUGAGAUGGAUCUCGUGGCUGCACGUAUAGUAAGCUGGGAAGAGGAAACCACUGUUCCGCAAGCUCACGUGAUUAAUAGUUUUGGAAGAGGGGGACAAAUGGAAGCACGGAUUGCGGCUAUUUUAUUUGAAAACGCAAUCAAUAUUUCUCAAUUUUCUCCAGAAGCUCUUUCCUGUCUUCCAACUAGUUCUUGGGAGGUUCCACUAGAAGAAGUGAGGAGCAGAAAGGAUUUGAGAAAUUUGUGCAUUUUUACGAUUGACCCUUCUACUGCUACUGAUCUUGAUGAUGCGCUAUCUGUUGAAAUCCUCUCUGAUGGUACUUCAAGAGUUGGGGUUCAUAUAGCUGAUGUAUCUUACUUCGUUCUACCAGACACAGCCCUAGACAUUGAUGCUCAAAUUCGAUCGACAAGUGUGUAUAUGUUGCAGCGUAAGUUGCCUAUGUUACCUCCCAUGCUGUCUGAGAAUCUUGGUUCACUAAACCCUGGAGUUGAUAGACUUGCCUUUUCAAUGUUUUGGGACAUAGAUCCUGAUGGGGAGGUCCUAGAUCGUUGGAUCGGGCGCACUGUUAUACGUUCUUGUUGCAAGCUUUCUUAUGAGCAUGCUGAGCAAAUGGUUAGAGGUCUAUUUGAUGCUCAAAGUGCCGAUCCUGUGCCAAAUGGUUGGCCGGUUUUGUAUGGCUCCUUUGACUGGUCUGAUGUAGUUGAAUCUGUUAGAAGCAUUCAUGAAAUCUCUAGGAAUUUGAAAGCAAGGAGGUUUAAUGAUGGGGCUCUGGCAAUCCGAAGCCCAAAAGUGGCUUUCUUGUUUGAUAAAGAUGGGAGUCCUUAUGACAGUUUGAUGUGUGGCGGGAAAGAGUCUAAUUUUCUUGUUGAGGAAUUUAUGCUUUUGGCUAAUAGGACAGCUGCAGAAGUGAUCACUAGAGCAUAUCCCUAUAAUGCUCUAUUGAGGAGGCAUCCUGAGCCUAAUCAGCGGAAGUUGAAAGAGUUUGAAGCCUUCUGUGGUCGAAAUGGUUUCAAGUUAGAUGUUUCUUCAUCUGCCCAGUUUCAUCAUUCAUUGGAGUGCAUUAGGGCUGAAUUGGAAGAUGAUGCAGUGUUAUUUGAUAUUGUCAUGUCAUAUGCUACUAAAGCGAUGCAGUUGGCAUCAUACUUUUGUCCUGGAGAUUUCAAGGAUGGUACGGAUGAUUGGAGACACUAUGGACUUGGCAUCCCUCUUUAUACUCACUUUACUUCACCCCUCCGGAGAUAUCCAGACAUAGUAGUACACAGGAUGCUAGGUGCAAUUGUGGAAGCUGAGGAGAUGUAUCUCAGGCGUAAGGAGGUUAUGGGAAAACUGAAUCCAGAGGAGUUAAUGAGUCUCAGAUGCUUUACUGGUAUUAGUUCUGUUAAAGAAAUUGUGGAAUCUUAUGAAGCCCAAGAACUGUUAUCUGCUGUAGGAUCGAAGCUCAAAAUCCCAUGCAAAGAGAUAAUUUCUAAUGUUGCUUCUCAUUGCAAUGGUAGAAAGUUGGCUGCUCGGCAUGUCAAGGAUUCUAUUGAUAAACUCUACAUGUGGGUGCUUCUCAAGAAGAAAGAGAUGUGUGUAGAAGCUCGAGUCAUGGGGUUGGGUCCCAGAUUUAUGUCAAUAUACAUUCCGAAAUUAGCAGUUGAACGCCGAAUAUGUUACGAUGACGUGGACUGCUUGGCUGUCGAAUGGCUUGAUGCAACAUCUACUCUGGUGCUCAGCAGACACCCAAGCAAAAUUCAUAGUAGGAAGGGUAAUUUGGCGAAGCUCCGGAGGCUUGAGGAAGUGGCUUUAGUAGUUAGUCCAUGUGAUAGUAUGUUGAGCCUGAACACCAGUGGACAUUCAGGAACUGAAAACUGUGACAGUCGGAGUGCAGAUUCUGGCGUUUCUCGAAUGACGGAAGUUGCACCUGCGGUUUUCCCUCUUACAUUACGCGUCCUUUGUAAAAUACCGGUUGCACUUCAUGCAGUUGGGGGGGAUGAUGGGCCUGUGGAUAUAGGUGCUAGGCUGUACGUUAGCUCGUAUUUCAAGUAGGGUAUGGUUGAUGGGACUCAUGGACGGGGAGGAGAACCUUUUUCAGUCUGUGUAGAUAUGAGGUAGUGGUAUAGUUGGAUUAACGGCUUUUGGGGAAGAGGAAACAAGUAUUUGUGCGGACCAUUGCAGUAGGAGAAUAGUUUUUUUUUUUUUUUUUGAAAAGGUAAGAGGAUAGUUUUUUUUGAAAUGGAGUAAGAGAAUAGUUAUGUGGCUGGAUGUGUAUAACAAAGGUUUUAUAGUUUUCCGUAGUGGAAUUUGGUUGAAAGGAGGAUGGUUCAUUGCAGGAGAGGGCUGGUUUUUUUUGUCUGUUCCUGCAUUGUACAACACAGUGUUAUGCUAUUGACCGUUGUUGCGGAUGACGGAAGAAGAAGAAGAAGAAGAAAGGAAGAAGAAUUACUAGUCAGGUGUUUUUAGUAGAAAGAAAGUGAGCUAGUUUUCUCUUCUGGUUCUCUGCCUGACCGUCUCAACCCACAUAACCGUUUUUUAAGGUUCUGGGUGACUGCUGGCAGAAACUCUCAUUUUUUUUUUUUUUUUAUUUCUAUUCCAUAAUUAUACUUUUUUUGAGGAACUGUGACACCGCUAAGGCGCAAGCACAAGUCACUAAUAAUAAGUCAUCAGACAGUUCCAACUUUUUUUUAUUUAGUUAAAACACAAUUCAUACCCUUUUUCGGUUUUUCCUCUUAGGCCAAGGGACUUGGAAUUGUUUCUUACUACAUAAUAAUCUAUAAAAUCUUAAGACUUCUUAUCUCCAACAAUUCCUUCAUUUUC